UAUCAUAAAGAUCAAUACUCCCAUACUCAACACACUCAACCAUGUCCACUUCCAAGGUACACCCCAUGGUUAUCUUCUUAUUCCUCUCCCUCUUGCCCAACCUCAUCCCCGCCAAAAACCCCAACAGCCAACUCCAAGUCACUCACUCCAGGUGCCGAGGCACUCCCUACUCGGACCUCUGUGUCUCCACUCUUGCCUCCUUCACGGGCCUUGCCUCCAUGUCCUUCCCGGAGAUCAUAUCCGGCAUGCUUCACCAGUCCGCCUCCGAAGUGAGAGCCGCCUCAACGCAUUGCACAGUCAUGAAGAACCAUUUCCUUGGGAAGCUCAGCAUGCUCGAAAGACAAGCCCUGGACAUCUGCCUUGAGCUAUUUCGUGACAUCUUCGAUGACUUUGACAAUGCCGUCUCCUACCUUGAGAGCUCGAAAGUCACUGUACGCCACUAUUAUGACCUUCAGUCCCUCCUUAGCGGAAUGAUGACCAACGUUUACACUUGCACCGACGAGUUCGAUCCCCACACAGAUAAUCUGAAUCUCGGGGACAGCAUGAAGGAUAGGCUCUCGAACAUCUUGCGCCACGUAAGCAAUUCACUAUUUCUCCUGGCAAAGAUUCGCGGCGUCAAUAAUCCUUCUGGACAUGGUAUUAGAGAGAGGUUCCCAGCGUGGAUGUCUUUAGAAGAUAGCCUAUUGGUGCAAACACCAACGAAUGCGACAAAGUUCGAUCUUGUGGUGGCGAAGGAUGGAUCUGGUAACUUCACCUCCAUCAACGAUGCUGUGGCAGCUGCUCCGGACAAUAUCAAAACCAGGUUUGUCAUCUACAUCAAAGAGGGGGACUAUUUGGAGUAUGUCACGGUGAACAAAACAAAGACCAACCUCAUGUUUGUAGGCGACGGGAUCGAGAAGACAUUGAUCAAGGGCAACCGGAACUACGACGAUGGGUGGACUGCUUACUGGUCAGCCACCGUUGCUAUUGAGGGUGAUGGAUUUCUCGCUAAGGGGAUUACCUUUGAGAAUUUUGCGGGGCCCAAGAAGGGUCAGGCAGCAGCUUUUCGGAGCAGGUCGGACAAGUCAGCGUUCUUCCAGUGUAACUUCUCGAGCUACCAAGACACGAUGUAUGUGCACAGUCAUCGCCAAUUCUAUCGCGAUUGCGAUAUAUAUGGCACUAUCGAUUUUAUAUUUGGAGAUGCGGCGGUGGUUUUCCAGAAUUGCAACUUGUAUGCGCGCAAACCAAACGAGGGACAGGCGAAUGUGUUCACUGCCCAGGGCAGAGAAGAUCCGCUAGGGCAAACCGGGAUGUCGUUCCUUGGCUGCAACUUUGCAGCCGCACCAGACCUUGCACCUGUACAGUCAUCAUUUAAAACAUUUCUUGGCCGUCCGUGGAAGGAAUUCUCGAGGACGGUGAUCAUGGAAUCGUACAUUGGCGACCUGGUUGACCCAGCUGGGUGGUCGGAGUUCCACGGAUCGGCUGGGUUGAGGACUCUCUUCUAUGGGGAGUACCAGAAUAGAGGCCCGGGUUCAAACAUGAGUGACCGAGUGAAAUGGCCCGGGUACAAAGUUAUUACGAGCUCAACAGUGGCAAAACAGUUCACAGUCGAGUCUUUCAUUCAAGGUAACCAGUGGCUCAAUAACACCGGUUUUCCUUAUUUUUCGGGUCUGGAUUAG